GGAAGGCGCUGCCCUUUGGAGACAAACCAUUUUACUUGUAGUGGCUGCAUCAAGUCUGGAAGCAAGGACUCAAAUUUAACAGAAUCCACCUUAAAAUCUCUGCCUUUACUCAAGCCCACCUUCCACCAUACCGCGUGAGAAUUACAGGACAAAAAAAAGGAUAAAUUGUGGAGGUAAUAACGCAAUAUCUCCUAACCAAGGAGAGAAAGAAACGAACACAACGAAAGGACUCAUUUGGACUUCAGAGAUAGGGGGUAAGUGCUCUCAAAGCAGAAAAUUUGAUGAUGACCAUGACUACGAUGGCUGACGGUCUGGAGGCUCAAGACUCGUCAAAAUCUGCUUUCAUGGAGUUUGGACAGCAAUCGCACUCACAACAGAGCUCCCCGUCGAUGGCCGCCAGCCAUUAUCCGCUCCACUGUCUCCAUUCCGGGUCUCAUCAUCAUCACCAGCACGACAGCUCUCCGUACUCCGGCUCGAACUCCUAUAACAGGUCGCUACCGUACUCCUAUGUAAGCCAUCCCCACCACAGUCCAUACCUGCCGUCCUACCAUAGUAACGCCAGCGGAGCACAGACCAGGUUAGACGCCACAGAACAGCAGAAAACAACAGUGAUUGAAAAUGGAGAAAUACGUUUCAACGGAAAAGGCAAAAAGAUCAGAAAACCGAGGACGAUUUAUUCCAGUUUGCAGCUCCAGGCACUAAAUCACCGUUUCCAGCAAACUCAAUACCUGGCGUUACCAGAACGCGCGGAACUGGCUGCCUCUCUUGGGCUCACACAGACACAGGUAAAGAUAUGGUUUCAAAACAAAAGGUCCAAGUUCAAGAAGUUGUUGAAACAAGGCGGUAACCCUCACGAGAGUGACCCUUUGCCCGGCUCCAUUGCCCUAUCUCCGCGUUCUCCAGCCAUUCCUCCUAUCUGGGACGUCUCAGCCUCCUCUAAAGGAGUAAACAUGUCUGCUAACAGCUACAUGCCCGGUUACUCACACUGGUACUCGUCGCCUCAUCAGGACGCCAUGCAGAGAUAGGCAACUAGCCUUUUUUUAGGCCAGAGGCCUUGACGUUGACAUCCUGUCUUCGCCCAGUUCACAUGCGCUAGGACGCACAUUGUCAUCGGUUUAACAUCCUUAAUAGAGACUUUUUCUAGCCUAUUAAGGGGACGAUUUCUUUUGAAGGACGAAGACGUGUGGUGUGGCGAAGGUCAACGAUGGACCUAACUGUCAGUAGCAUCAUAAACGGAUUGAUUAAAAAUCUGUUCUCACGUUUGACUCUAAUCAAACACAUUCAUCGCCAACAUGACAUUGGAACAGGAAGCUAAACGUUGUCGUUUCACACGCGCUUGAGUCGCAUUUGAAAACGAACUCAGACCUCUUGCGUAGAUGUUUCUGAUCAUGCAAAAGCAAGCAAUUUGAUUGUAAAUAUAUUGUCCGAUUUUAGUUGUUAAAAACUUUUUAUGUUUUGUCAUAA